AUGGCUGCCUCGGCGGUCCCGCGCGGGUGGCACUGGGGGGAGCCACGAGCGCUUGGCCGGGCGGUGAGGCUGCUGCAGCGCCUGGAAGAGCAAUGUGGGGACCCCCGGCUGGCCCUGGGGCCCCCCUCGCUGCGGGACCUGCUGCCCCGCACCGCACAGCUCCUGCGGGAGGUGGCCAGCGCCCGGCGGGCGGCCGGUGGGGACGGCCCAGAGGGUCCCGGUGGCGCCGGGGACUUCCUCAUCAUCUACUUGGCCAACCUGGAAUCCAAGAGCAGACAGGUGGCAGAGCUGCUGCCGCCCCGGGGCAAGAGGGGUGCCAACGACGAGCUCUUCCGGGAGGGCUCCAGACUCAGGCGACAGCUGGCCAAGCUGGCCCUCAUCUUCAGCCACAUGCAUGCAGAGCUGAGCGCGCUGUUCCCUGGGGGGAAGUACUGCGGGCACGUGUACCAGCCCACCAAAGCCCAGGCCCACACCUUCUGGAGGGAGCGCUGCGGGGCCCGGUGUGUGCUGCCCUGGGCAGAGUUCCAGUCGCUCUUGUGCUCCUGCCACCCUGUGGAACCAGGCCCCAUGGCCCAGGCCUUGCGCUCCACCAUGGACCUCACCUGCAGUGGCCACGUGUCUGUCUUUGAGUUUGACAUCUUCACCAGGCUCUUCCAGCCCUGGCCGACCCUGCUUAAGAACUGGCAGCUCCUGGCAGUCAACCACCCGGGCUACAUGGCCUUCCUCACCUAUGACGAGGUCCAGGCGCGGCUGCAGGCCUGCAGGGACAAGCCAGGCAGCUACAUCUUCAGGCCCAGCUGUACUCGCCUGGGGCAGUGGGCCAUCGGGUACGUGAGCUCAGAUGGCAGCAUCCUGCAGACCAUCCCUUCCAAUAGACCCCUGUUCCAGGUGCUCCUGGAAGGACAAAAAGGUGGCAUCUACCUCUACCCCGAUGGGAAGAAGCACAACCCAGACCUGACAGAGCUCUGCCGCGCAGAACCCCACCAGCGCAUCCAUGUGUCGGAGGAGCAGCUGCAGCUGUACUGGGCCAUGAACUCCACCUUCGAGCUCUGCAAGAUCUGCGCCGAGAGGGACAAGGACGUGAGGAUCGAGCCGUGCGGCCACCUGCUCUGCAGCCACUGCCUGGCUGCGUGGCAGCACGCAGAGAGUCAGACCUGCCCCUUCUGCCGACGGGAGAUCAAGGGCCGAGAGGCUGUGAGCAUCUAUCAGUUCCAAGGGAGGCCAGCAGCAGAGGCCACCAUUGAGAACCCAGAGGACAGCAGUGACCAGGAAGACGGGGAGUUGGAGCAGGUGGCCCCCUCUGCUCCCCCACUGCCCCCUCGGCUAGAUCUGUCCUCAGGGAGACCCAGAAGUGAAGGCCAGUUGAAGGUGGCCCCUCUGCCUCUGCCCAGGCUCAGGCCUCCCCUUCCCUUGCCGAGAAUCAGGAAUGUGGCCUCAGCCCCUUGGGAUGUCACCUCCUGCCCCCAGACCACCGAGGGGGCCACAGAGUAA